AACCAGACUACAUACUGACUUCCUAUGCGCUUCAGCGAACAUGUGCAUAUUUCCGUGACAUCACCUCUCGUAUAAAAGCAGCAAAUUUCCGGCUUAUGCAUAAUGUCCUCUCCAAAGCGACAAAAAAUGGCUUCUCUGCUGGAACAGCUUAAACAAGUCUCGACUGUUGUCGCAGAUACCGGUGAUUUUGAGCUAAUCAACCAAUACAAGCCGACAGAUGCUACCACCAACCCCUCUCUCCUCCUGGCAGCUGCAAAGAUUGAGAAAUACAAUCAUCUGAUUGAAGAUGCAGUCAACUAUGGCAAGAGCAAUGCUAGCACCCUCAAAGAGCAGGUCACAGCCACCAUGGACAAGCUCUUUGUCAAUUUUGGAGUGGAAAUCCUGAAGAUAGUCCCAGGAAGGGUCUCCACAGAGGUAGAUGCACGUCUGUCGUUUGACAUCGAUGCUCAGAUUGCUAAGGCAAAGAAGUUGAUUGCAUUGUAUGAAGAUCAGGGCAUUGGUAAAGAACGAAUCCUCAUCAAGCUGAGUUCAACAUGGGAGGGCAUCCAAGCUGCCAGGCAGCUGGAGAAGGACUAUGGCAUCCACUGUAACCUCACCCUUCUCUUCUCCUUUGCUCAGGCUGUUGCAUGUGCAGAGGCUGGAGUGACUCUGAUUUCACCGUUUGUGGGUCGUAUCUUGGACUGGUACAAAGCCAAAACCGGCAAGGCUGGCUAUGAAUCUGCAGAGGAUCCAGGUGUAGUCAGCGUUAAGAAGAUAUAUAACUACUACAAGAAGUUUGGCUACAAGACAGUGGUGAUGGGGGCUUCAUUCCGCAACAUUGGUGAAAUUACCGAGCUGGCCGGUGUGGAUAACAUCACUAUCAGUCCUAAGCUGCUGGAAGAGUUAAAGACGACCAACGCUCCACUGCCUCGGAAGCUGUCACCUGAUUCAGCGGAAGAACUGACGAUGGAAAAGGUAUCCCUUGGUGAGCAGCAGUUCCGCUGGCUGCACAACGAGGAUCAGAUGGCUGUGGAGAAACUCUCGGAUGGAAUCCGCAACUUUGCUGCCGAUGCCAUCAAACUUGAGAACAUGCUGAAGGAGAAACUCGCUCAGUAAGAACAACAAACAAUUGAGUAGGCCUAUUACUACGGAGUCAUCAGUCUCUGUACACACGAGCUAGAGUUAAAAUAUUCGCAAUGCUACUAACAGAUGUUGCUUCCCCCUCACUGCAACUGGCUACCCAGCCAUCAUAUCUGUAUAUUAGAAUACAUGUAGUGUAUUUCUGAACAGGUAGUGUUUCCUACAUGACUCAAUUUGUGGGCGCAUUACAUUCCUUAGCAUUGGGAAAUCGAGAACAAAUAGCAAAUUACCCUUUUCCAGAUUCAGUGAGAUAAAAGUAACCAGUUAUGAAUACAUCAUGAAAUUUGAUUGGUUGUUUGCAAUGUCGAAAAUCUUGACUGCAUAGUUAUUAAUUGUUUUACCCUUUUCCAGAUUCAGUGCGAUAAAAAUAACCAGUUAUGAAUACAUCAUGAAAUUUGAUUGGUUGUUUGCAAUGUCAAAAAUCUUGACUGCAUAGUUAUUAAUUGUUUUUUGCAAAACGCAACUUUCAGAUAAACUGUUCAUAUGGCAUAGAGUUUGAUGGAAUUGUUUGUAGUCCAUGUGCCCCAUGACAUAAUGCCGACAGGCAACCAAGCAGGGGUGAGAUUUGUCAGGAUUUGUCCUGAUUUCAGGAUUUUUAAAGAAUCCCUUUUGAAAUCUUGAAUUCCUGAGGUUUUACCAUAUAUAUAAAGCAAAAGAUAUGGAUGUUUUAAUGGGUGUCUUUUGGCGAAUAUGAACACAUACAAGAGACCCUUCAUUGCUCUGGGGACCUCAAACCCUCUGCCGAUUAUUCCAUGGAUUGUUCAUUUUCUGCCAGUCUCACCCCUGACCACCAGGCAACCCAAACACUGAAGCCUCUUGUGCAUGUUAUUUGGCCCACAUUAGACAGUAUAUGUCAACACUUUUAAACCAGUCCUAUUUCAAGAGAGAUACAUGCAGAUACAUACGCGCUUUGGAAAGAAACUCUUCAAAUAUAGGUGUUGUCUAAAACAAAAAAUAAUUAGCAAGUCUUCCCAAAUGUUUUUAAAAAAAAGAAAGGUUUUUUAAUGAGUCCGCACAACUUUAUGUGAUAUGCACUGAACGAUUAGUUUAUUAUAAUCUUUAAGGUUAGAAAACUGGGCAGUAGAAGUUUGAGUUAAUAUUUUAAUAAUUAUGGAAUGUAGUUUUGACCUGAUUCAUAGUACAUUGUUCAUCUAUAAACUUUGCUGAAUAAGAAUUAAAGAUCAUUUAUCUUGUUACAUUAUUAUGAAUGGAAAUGAUUGAAUCUGAGAAAGAUACAGCAAAGAAAGAACAGAAAGCUACUUUUGUACUUCAUUUAAAUAAAACGUGUUUAUUUUGACACCCUGAGAAAGGCAGAUACUGCAAUUAACAUUAAAAUAUUGGUUGAGGGCUGUUUAUACUUGACUUUACCUAUGUUGGCUAAUUACCUGAAUUUUGCACCAUAAAAAAACCUAGAUAUAAAAAUAUAUGAAUUUAUUUUUAUACGAAAGUAAUUUAGAUCUUUUUUCUCUUGGUCGAAACCAGGUUUGUUUUGUUAAACCGAUGUUUUGAUUUUGAGCAAGGUCCUAAUUGAUAUAUAAUUUUCUUUGAGUUUGAAGGUGUUUAAAAAACAGGAAAGGGAAGGGGACAGUGAUGUUCGAGGUAAAUGUAAUAAAGUACUGUAGCAGAGAA